AUGAUUUUUUCACGACUUCCCAUACUGAGUCCUAUAUCCAACAAGCUGGCAAUAAUUCCACGACGCAAUGGAGCUGUGCUUACGUGGAUGAAGAAAAAUUUCGCUGUCUCAUAUCUUAUUUUUGUUGUGGGGAGCGGUCUUGCUUCAUUAGCCAUGUAUACCGUGACUUGUCUCUUUCGCAAUCCAGACAUUCGUCUUCCUUUCUACGACGAUAAACCACGGGACGAAUAUUACUUCAACAAACACUACUUUGGAGCUAGCAAGAAUACAGAUCCACGGUUGCCGCCCGUUAGAAUGCACUAUAACGGUGAUCUGGAAUUCCCUUACGAUAACCCGCGAAGGAAGGCCAGAACUCCCAAUGAUAUUUAG